ACACUGGACCUUGCGUUUGGACGGCUUCCAAUGAUGAGUUAUGCUGAAAAGCCUGAAGACAUAACAAAAGACGAGUGGAUGGACAAAUUAAACAACGUGCACAUUCAGAGGGCAGACAUGAAUCGCCUCAUUAUGAACUACCUGGUAACAGAGGGAUUCAAAGAGGCAGCAGAAAAGUUCCGUAUGGAGUCUGGUAUCGAGCCAAGUGUGGACUUGGACUCUCUGGAUGAAAGAAUAAAGAUUCGUGAGAUGAUCCUGAAGGGGCAGAUCCAGGAAGCUAUUGCACUCAUUAACAGCCUACACCCGGAGCUGCUGGACACCAACCGAUACUUGUAUUUUCAUCUGCAGCAGCAACAUUUGAUCGAGCUAAUCAGGCUAAGGGAGACCGAGUCAGCGUUGGAAUUUGCCCAGACCCAGCUAGCCGAGCAAGGGGAGGAGAGUCGGGAGUGUCUCACAGAGAUGGAGAGAACGCUUGCCCUCUUGGCCUUUGACAAUCCCGAAGAGUCGCCCUUUGGAGACCUGCUCAACAUGAUGCAGCGGCAAAAGGUGUGGAGUGAGGUGAACCAAGCUGUGCUGGACCACGAAAACAGAGAGUCCACCCCCAAACUGGCGAAACUCCUCAAGUUGCUGCUGUGGGCACAGAACGAGCUGGACCAGAAGAAGGUGAAAUAUCCUAAAAUGACUGAUCUGAGUACGGGAACCAUUGAGGAUCCCAAGUGAACAUACUAACCAGGACGGAGUUUAUAUAAAAAGAGUGUGUGACAACCCACUGGUUAGUGGGUUAAACCAGGACUCUCUAUUUAUCUCGGUUAAAGUUUGUCAUGACUGUUGCACGCAAACAGCGCCAUGUAUGUUGCCAUGGAGACAUUUUGUGAAGCGUUACUAUAUGUUCAUAACAGUAUUACCUUUUAUUAUUUUAUGUAUAGCAAUACAGUUACUGAUGUAUUUUAUUCAUGUUGAAUAAAAACAUUGUACCCCCACCCCAAAAAAAAAAAAAAAAUCUAUGCCUCCUGUUCUUGUCUAGAUCUGGUCUCCACGGUAACAUCUGUGAUGCUGCUUUUGUGCAACCCAGUCGCAACUACAGUCAGCCCUGAUAACCAAACCGACUUAAACCUCCACUUAGGACACGUGCAACAGAAUAUGAUUUCUAAAUAAAUGCUAUACUUCUUUUGUUUGGCAUGAAGGUGAGAUGAAAUUUCACUUGGUGCAGCGACUGUAAAUCAUUGUAUUUUGCAAAGUAACAUUUAAAUACCCCUCCCGGGUACUAGGGGAAUUGUUGGAGUCAACAAAUACAAAUUUUGUAUAUUUUGGUUUGUUGAAGGCCUUGAGUGUGUAGUGUUUAUUGCAACAGUCGUCCGUAUUGACCGACAUUGGUUUGCUGGAAAGCAAGUUGAUGUUACGAGAGUGACAAAUGUUAAGUAUUUAAAUGGGUUAACUUUUUUUUUUUUAAACCAAAUACAUUUUUAGACUGAGAUCCUUUUGUGUGAAAAUGUGUGAAAUGAAAUACUGUGCACAGUACUGUGCAAAAGUUUAGGGAACACUUACUACUUAAUAAUACUUAAGGAUAUACGGUAAAGACUGUUUUAUCAAUUUGCAAAAAUGCAAAUUAAGCGAACAAAAGAAACAUUUUAAUCACAUCAAUAUUUGGCGUCACUACCCUUUUCCUUCAAACCGACAUAAAAUGCUUAUAGGUACACUCGCAACAAGUCGGGAUUUUUGUAGGAUUAUAGUUAAGUGUAUGAACAAUAUCACAUGAUGGUUGAAACGCAGUCAUUAACUGAAACAGAAACAUUUGGGUGAGGAGCAGCCAAACUUUGAUACAAAGGAGAGGUUAUAUGCUAUGGCACAGGACCAAAACACAAGCUAGUUAUACCGCAUCAACAAGGUUUCGUCACGAUGUGCAAACCUACAAUGUUUAGAAUCGUAGAUUCCGUGGUCGGCCAAUAAAAGCCCAUACAUAAAAUACAAACAUCAAGCUUAUUACCCCUUUAAAAAUCGGAAUAUACCCAGUAGUACCAUCAGCUCAGAAGCGGAAGAAACCAGUGUCACUCAGGUACACCGUCUACUGUUCAGAGAGGCCUGGACAGAAGUGGUCUUCAUGGUCGAGUUGCAGCCAAAAAGCAAUUCCUCUGUCAUGGAAACAAGACCAAGCGAAUAAACUAUGGAUGUAAACAUGGGAAGCGUUGUGCACAAAAAUGGCAAAAGGUGCUCUGGACCGAUGACUCAAAAUGAUUGGUUUGGGCUGCGGGCUGUGGAGCAAAGCAUGAAUGAAUGUCUCCAUGGAGGUUCUUUGCAAGUUUGGGGCUGUAAUAGUGCAAAUGGAGCUGAUGAUUUGGUUAAGGGUUAAGGGUGUCCUCAAUGCUGAGUAAUCCAGGCAGAUACUUUGCCAUCAUGCAAAACCAUCUGGGAGGUAUAUGAUUGGCUGCAAAUGUAUUUGGACAAGGAAGGACAACAACAACCACAAACAUAAAGCCAUGCUCAUAAAGAACUAUCUUCAGCGUAAAGAACAAGUCCUGGAAGUGAUGACGUCCAUUUUUGAAAUCAUUCUUGGUUUACAGAAUUAUUUUCUAACCUAAAACGUUUGCACAGUACUGUGUAUGUAUGUGUAUAUAUACAUAUAUAUAUAUAUAUAUAUAUAUAUAUAUAUAUUGGGGUGGUGCAACAAAACACAAAAUUCAUUUGUGUUGCACUUCGAUACUUUUUCGAUACAAAAAAAGAAACCUUUCCUUGUUUAAUUUGAAUUUUAUUGAAAUUGCAAAAAAAAAAAAAUUCAACUUAAAAAUACAGUUCUACCGCACAGACUUAUAACACAUCAUA